UGCAAGCAAGGGAGAUAGGAAGGUAGAAGAAGUGGGCAAAUAUUAUUCCAUACAGAAAAAGAAAACAGAGAAAACGUAGCAGACAUCGGAUGGCGCAGCAGGAGUGGCCGCUGAAGCAGAAGCACUAUGCUAUUCUGAAUUAUGCGCGCAUUAGGGUCGAUCCGCAGAACCGGUUCAAACCUGACCAGCAACGUGAUCUGCGGAAGAAGCUCCAGGAUGGCUUAUUCUUCAGCAAUACAUUGUCUUCUCAGAUUCUCGGACUGUGUCUAUACGGAGUGACUAUGGUCCCACAAGCAUUCCCCAAGUUUAAGCGGUGUUUGUGCUGUCAUCACCUAGGCCAGGUGUUAUCGGGCUUGGGUUCGACUAUGUGAUGAACCUCACAUCAACAAAUGCUGGAAAGGCCUGGACACGCCAGUUGAAUUGAUGUUUGUGAAUAGAAAAUGAAAAACUAUGUGUCUUUUUACAUCUAAAGGGGGCUUCCUAAAAUGGUUUCGGUAAGAUGAUGCGGGCUGGUCAUUUCCAAGGACAUGGUUGCUGAUGAUUACUCUGGUGAACAGAAAUAGUAUCUUAGUUCGAGAAAAUCACACAAUUAAAUUGUGGGUGCAGAAAUACUGGGCAAGCAACAGUGGCAAGGAUUGUUUCGCACUGUAUGCGAGGCGUUUGCAAAUCACCGGAAGCGAUGAUAAUUCGUGCUGGAUCUGGGACCAGGAUCAGGACCAGGAGACAGAAGAUCGAAAAGUUGAAGUAGCAGAAUCGGUUAAAGUAAGAUGGCUAGAGGCGCGGACCCGGUUUAGCACUGUCAAUCUCCAGCAAAGCGCGACAUAUAAUGUGUAUUUUGUGGUGAAAGUGAAGGAACAGAAAAUGCUGAAUGUUCCCCUCAACGUCAAGCUUGUUCUUCCGGACGGAAGCAAGCAGGAAACUCAAAGAAGUGUUUCAAGCCUGGAUAAGUGGGAAAGACUGCUUGUUGGUACAUUCCGUACCGCGUACAACACCAUCGGGAUGUUAGAUAUCUCUUUGCAGCAAGUAGACGACAAGUGGAAGGAGAGGAUCGUCAUCAAAUGUGUCGAGAUUGUUGCCCAGGAUUAAUGGAUGAAGAAGCUCAACAUACAACCAUAUAUAUAGUACGUAUACCUAUAAAAUCUGUAUUUGCAGCCUGUCCUGUGGAAAAGAUUAUAUCCUUAUACGUGUCGCUCUCCUCGAUUAUGCAUGGAUAGGUUCCAAUUAUACCACAUGUUGUUUGUAAUAAUUAACCCGAGCAACCUUGCUUGUUGGUACUGCUUCGUGCAAUAUAUGCCUUAUAGUUAACUGAAUGAUUUUCUAUA